AUGGAUGCAGCAGAGCAGCAAACAAUGUUGGGGUCUCAACCCCCCCUCUGCCGCUUCCUUGCUGCAAAUGACCCAUUCCAGUGCAUCAAGACAGAGCUCACCCUCAUGCAAGACAGCCUGCAGCGUGCGGGUGGUUCUGUAUCUCAUCUGCAGCAGCUGCUGCAGCUGCUGCUGCAGCAGCUAAACGAAAAAUCUACUCAAGUAGAGAUAUGUUUGCAGGCUCUACACCCUUUAGGGUUUUAUCUUGAGGGUAAUCAGCUGAUUGCUGCUUCACAUGAUGCUGCAUCACUAGCAGAAAUAAAGAAAGCUGCUGCUAGCCGCAGGUAUUCUGCAGCAGGAGCAGCAGACAAAGCUGCUGCUGCUGCUGCUGCCGCUGCUGCUGCUGCUGCUGCUGCACAAACCGCUGCAGCAGAAGCCAUUAGGGAAACAGAAUAUCAUGCAGCAGCUGUAGCAGCAGAAGAAAGAUAUCAACAACCUAGGCAGCAACUUCAGCUGCAGCAGCAGCAGCAACAACAACAACAACAACAACAACAACCCAUUCAAACACAAGCGCAACAGCGGCAACCACAGCAGCACCAGCGACAGCAGCAGCAACAGCAGCAGCAGCAGCAGGUGCAACAGCAACAGGCUGCAAGAUCCGCUUCCAAGUCAACACCUCAUGGGGGGCCUCCUAGCGUGAAGAAGCAGCACCAACAGCAGCAGCAGCUGCUGCAGCAGAAAGGCAGCGAACCAGCAGCAGCAGCUCCUGUUGCAACUGCAGCACCAGCAGCAGUAGCUUCAAGCAAUGAGGCAGCAGAUAAAGCUACACCAGCUGCUGCUGCUGCUGCCUGCGUACAAGAAACAGAAGACGCCGUUCAAAAGGCAGCAGAGACGGCAACAGCAGCAGCUGCAGCAGCAGCACCACCACCACCAGUAGCAGCAACAGCAAAAGCAACAACAGCAGCAGCAACAACAGAGGGAACCGGAGCUACUGUCAAGAAAAGACAAAAGAGGAAGCCAGGGCAGGAGACAGCUUCUGCUGCUGCUGCUGCUGCUGCUGCUGGUGCUGCUGCUGGUGCUGCUGCUGGUACUGCUGCUGGUACUGCUGCUGCGGCACCUGUACGAAAACGCAGAAGGCCGCAACAGCAGCAGCAGCAGCAGCAGCAACAGCAACAGCUGCAGCAACAACAGCAGCAAGUACUUCCUGAACCAGGCAGCAAAUUGCCAAAGCCCCAGGAGGACCUGCAGCAAACAGAAGCCUCGCAGCAGCAGCAGCAGCAGCAAAAGCCGCUGGGGUGUCUGCAGCGCGCAGCAGCAGCAACAACAAGGCCGACACCGGCAGCAGCAGCAGUAGCAACUUCAGAAGCAAAACCAACAGCAGCAAGCAAUGCUGCAGCAGCAACAGCAAAGCCAACCACUGCACCAGCAGCAACACCAAUCGCGGAAGCAGCAGCUGCAGCAGCAGCAAAACCCCUAUCAGGGCCCCCUGCUUCUGCACAAACGAAUGCAGCAUCAGCAAGAACAGCUGCUACUCCUGUUGCUGCUGGUGCUGCUGUUGCUGCUGCUCCCCCUGCUGCUGCUGCUGCUGCUGCUGCUCCUGUAGACAGCGUGGACCUAGCAGCACAGACUCCCAGGGGGGCUGCUACUGCUGCUCCUGCUGCUGCUGCCGCUGCUAAAACUGGGCAGCUGACCCCCAACAAAGCAGCAGCAGCAGCAGCAGCAGCAGCAGCAUUCAAGCCAGAAAGACAAUCAGCUGCAGCAGCCACCCCAUCUGGAGGCCUGGCGCAGCAUCCGACCCCAGCAGCAGCUCCCAAAGCAGCAAGUUCAGUUGCAGCAGCAGCAGCAACAACAGCAGCAGCAGCAGCAACAGCAGUACCGGCAGUAACAGCCAUUCCUGUUUUGCUGCCCAAGUGCAAGCAGCAGCAAGCAACCUCAGCAGUAGCAGCAGCAGCAGCACCAUCUCUAGAUGAAGGAAGACAAACUGGUGAGUCUCCCCACUGUGGCGUCCCCGUAUCUGCUGCUGCUGCUGCUGCUGCUGCUGCUGCUGCUGUUUCUGCUGCUGCUGUUGGCCCUACACCGAGUGAUGCCCCAGCUGGUGCCUGCCAGCAGCAAACUCCGCACCUUCAGCGCAAGCAAAUAAAGCAGCAGCAGCAGCAGCAGCAGCAGCAGAAAGGCCUACAGCCUCUAGCGCGUCAACAUACUCCACAGUCUCAGCAGCAGCAACAGCAACAGCAACAGCAGCCGCAGCAGCAGCGGCAGCAACAAGCGAAACUACCGAGUCCAAAAGGGAGCAGCAUUGCUGAAGCUGCUGCAACGACGACGCAGCUGCAGCAGCAGCAGCAACAGCAGCAGCAGCAACUGCUGACAGGGGAUGAGCAACAGGAGAAGCAGCAGCAGCUGCUGCUGCAGCGGCGGCUGAGGCAGCGGCUGCAGCAGCAGCAAAGACGGCGAGUUAAAGCUGGCAUCAGCAGCGGUCUGCAGCGAAUCAGCAAACCUAAGAAAAAGGCUCCCCGCAGCAGCAGCAGCAGCAGCAGCAGUAGCAGCAGCAGCGACGAGGCAGGUGCACUGAAGGAACCUGCAAAGCCAAAACAACGCAGCAGCAACAGCAGCAGCAGCAGCAACAACAACAUGAGAAACAGCAGCAGCAACAGCAAAUCUCGCAGCAUCAGCAGAAAUGGCGGAGCAGCAGCAGCAGCAACAGCAGCAGCAGGCUCGCAGCAAAACCCUAAUCUGCAGCGGCAGGUGGAGCCCAGACCUACUGCUGCAGCUGCCGCAGCAGCAGCAGACGUAGUAGCAACAGCAACAAAGUUAGCUGCCACUGCAGCAGCAAGUGCUGCAGCAGCCGCAGCAGCAGCAGCAGCAGGGCCAGCUGCAGCAGCAGGCGCGCCAAAAGUAGCAGGUGCAGCAGUAGGGGCAGCAACGACAAAUCAAAAGGCAACAGCAACAGGAUCUGCUGCUGCAGCAGCACCGAGCAAACCUGUUGCUGCUGCUGCCGACGGGGUGAGGCGUUUGCGGCUGUCUCCCCUGCCUGCUGAAGCAGCAGCAGCAGCAAAAGCAACCGCAGCAACAACAGCUGCAGCACCAGCUGCCGCAUCGCGAAGCUCCAAGACGGGGCCUAGCAGCGCCUUAGCACCAGCAGCAGCAGCAGCAGCAGCAGCAGGAAUAUCAACGCCGGCAGCAGCAGCCAAAUCUACAGCAGCAGAAUUGACAGCGAGGAUUCCGUCUGCUGCUGAGGGCGUAGCGCUGCCACCUUCCUGCAAAAACCCCGCAGCAGCAACAGCAGCAGCUACUGCUGCUGCUGUUGCUGCUGUUGAAGAGGAUAGCGACAAGGACCCAUGGCUGCCUGAACCCACCGCUGCUGCUGCUGCUCCUGCUGCUGCUGCUGCCGCUGCUGCGGCUGAGAAGCCUUCUUUAUUAAUAAGCGAUGCAAAAGCCUCUAGAGGCAUACGCCCAGGAGGUGCACAUGAGAAGCAAACAGCAGCAGCAGCAGCAGCAACAGCAGCAACAGCAGCAGCAGCAGCAGCAGGGCAGCAGCAAGGAGGAUGGCGAAGUAGAAGGAGUAGAGAUCUGUCUCCUACCAGCAAAUACAACAAACACAGGAGGCACAGCCGCAGCAGAAGCAGACGCAGCAGCAGCAGAAGCAGCAUAAGCAGCAGCAGCAGCAGCAGACGCUAUCACCAUGUGGGGCCCCACAUGCACUUCAAACGCAACCGCAGCAGCAGCAGGGAAAGUAGAAAAAGAAGCAGAGGGAGAGACAGGAUCUCUCGCGGCCCUUGGAGGCGCAGCAGCAGCAACAGCAGCAGGAGCAGCAGCAGCAGCAGCAGACGUAGACACCGCAGCAGCAAACACCGAGGAGACAGCAGAAACAGAGAUCUACGAAGAGAUCGAUACACCCACAACUCUCCCGGAGGUUGGCGAGGCAGACCCUAUCACAGCAGCAGCAGCAGCAGCAGCAGCAGCAGCAGACAGCAUGCCAGCCACAGAUACCGCAGCCCUUCACCUCGACGAGACCGCUUUAGCCACCUGAAGCUGCAUGCGCCCUACUACUCGCAGCAGCAGCAGCAGCAGCAGCAGCAGCAGAGGCGGCAGCAGCAACAGCGGCAGCAGCAGCACCUGUCUCCAGGAAGACGUUCACGCUCUCCCGCAGGAAGCACAAACAGCAGCAGCAGCGGCAACAGCAACGGCAGCAGCAACAGCAGCAACAAUAGCAGCAACAGCAGCAGCAGCCAAAGAGGCAGCAGCAACAUGCAUGCCACCAACGGCAGAAAAUACAGAGAAUUUGAUAUCCCUUCUAGGUGCAGCAAUAAGAGCAGCAGCAGCAGCAGCAGCAACAGUAGUAACAGCAGCAGCAACAACAACGACGCUCUAAGCAGCAGCACAAGGUAUGAGGACGGCAGGAGCAGCAGCAACAUUAGCAACAGCAACUGCAGCAAUAACAGAGAUAGCAGCAGCAGCUGCCGCGAAAGCAGCGCCACCAGCACUGUAAACCCUAGCGUCAAACCCAGCAGCAGCAGCGACCUGCAACCCUCCAGCAGCAGCAGCAGCAGCAACAGCAACCGCAGCAGCAGCACCACAGGCAGCAGUAACGCUGCCAACAGCUGCGGCAGUGGCGAACACAGCAGCACGACCAGCCAAGAGGGGUGCAGCAGCAGCAAUUAUGGCGUUCCCUGCAGCAGCAGCAGCAGCAACAGCAGCAGCAGCAACAGCAGCAGCACCACCAGCUGCAACGGCACCGAUAACAGUAACAUCGAUGCCAAACCAUGUGGAGAUACGGAGGGCAGCAGCUGCAACAGCAACAGCAGCAGCAGCAUCAGCAUCAGCAUCAGCAGCAGCAACAGCAGCAGCAACGCCGAAAUCAAGCGUUGGGUAGACACGGAGGACAGCGAGAGUAACAGCCGCAGCAGCAACAGCAACAGCAGCAGCAGCAGCAGCAACAAAAGAGACAGCAACGGCACGGAGUGGAGCAGAGGUGUGUGCCACAGCAGCAGCAUCCCCACUAACUGCAGCAGCAGCAGCAGCAGCAGGAACAGCAACAGCAGCAGCAACAGCACCAGCUGCAGCAGCACCAGCAACCUUGACAUAGACACCCAAAGACGCAGCAGUUGCGGCGAUGGUCUCUCCCCAGCAAGCGAGGCAGCACCUGCAGACUGCAGCAGCGGCAGCAGCAGCAGCAGCAAGGUGCAUGCAGCCCAUGACCUACCUGGGUUCUCUGCUGCAGCAGCAGAUACCCCUGCAGCAGCAGCUGCAGCAGCAGCUCCCCUUAUGCCGCCUGCUGCUGCACGGGAAGCUAUCGCAUGCAGUCCUACACAAACGUGUUCGCAGCCGGAGGAGCAGCAGCAGCAGCAGGAGCAGCAGCAGCAGCAGCAGCAGCACCAAGAGCAUCCGGAAGAGGAAGCUACCCAGCUGGAAGAGCCCAUAGGUGCUCCAGAGCAGCAUGAGGUGUCUGAAGAGCUCCAGCAGGAGGUGCAGCAGCAAAAGCAGCGGCAGCAAGAGCAGCAGCAGCAUAUGGAACAGCAGCAGCAGCUGCAGCAGGGGAAGCAGCUGCAGCAGCUGGAGGACCAGCAGCAGGGGCAGCAGCAGCAGCAGCAGCGCCAGCCACGAGAAGUUGUUGCCUCUGCCGCUAUGAACAGCAGCAACAGCAGCAGACACUGCAGCAGCGGUGAAUACAAGCGAGCCAGCAGCAGCAGAAGCAGCAGCAGGCGCAGCAGCAGAAGCAGCAGCAGGGGCAGCACCAGCAGCAGACGAAGCGAAGGCAUUGGCGAGUCUCAGACUCUGCUGCUGCAUCAGCAGCAGCAACCACUGCAGCAGCAGAAGGAUACCCAUCAGCAACAGCAAACGCUGCACUUGCAGCAGCAGCAGCAGGACGAGGAGUGGGCGCAACGGCAGCAGCAGCAGCAAGAGGACCAACAGCAGCAAGACCAGCAGCAGCAGGAGCAGCAGCAACAGCACCAACAAGAACAGGACCAGCAGCAGCAGCAACAAAAGAAACAGCAGCAACAGGAGCAGCAGCAGCGAGACCGCUUGCAGCACCACCAAAAGCAGCAGCAGCUGCAGCAGCAGCAGCAUGCAGAAGAGCCCAACAGUAUUUCUGCUGCUACGGGAGAUGGAGCAGCAGAAAAAUCCUCGCAGUCAGCUGUAGCAGCAGCAGCAGCAGCAGCAGGGCUUGUAGCGGCAGCAGCACCACCACCAGUGCCAGCAACAGCAGCAGCAGUUGCAGCAGCACCAGCAACAGCAACAGCAGCAGCAGCAUCAACGCCAGCAGCAAGGCAAGUGGCGGCAAACUGGCGCCUCAAUGAGGAUCAUGCAGAAGCAGCAGAUGCAGCAGAAGCAGCAGAAGCAGCAGAAGCAGCAGCAGCAGCAGAUGAGCGCGUGGUUGCUGACUGCUGUUCCCUUCGAAAAGCACUUGAGGAGAAGCCGGCCGAUGCAGCAGAAGUACAUUUGCUGCUGAAAGCAGCAAAACAUUUGCUGCUGCAAGAAGCAACUCAGGAGACACUCAUGCUUUGUUUGAAGCUGUCGGGCAUAGGCCGCUGCAUUCAGUCGCUCGCGAAGAGACAAGAAGUAAGCGCUGAAGUUAAAUUAAAAGCAAAGACCCUCAUUACUUCAUUAAAAGAGAGAAUUGCUGCUGCUUCACAGCAGCAGCAGCAGCAGGAACAGCAGCAGCAGCAACAGAAACAGCUGCUCAUGCAGCAGCAGCAGCAGCAGAAACAGCUGCAGCAGCAGCAGCAGCAGCAGCAGCAGCAACAGGAGCAGCAGCAGAAUCAGCUGCCGUUGCCGGAGCAGAAGGUGGAGCAGCAGCAGAAACAGGUGCUGCUGCAGCAGCAGCAACAGCAGCAGCAACAGCAGGAGCAACAGCAGCAGCAACUGCAACUGCAGCAGCAGCAGGAAGACGAGCUGCAGCAGCAACAGCAACAACACCAGGAACUGCAGCAGCAGCAGCAGCAGCAGCAAGAAGAUGACGAUGAGGAGAUGGAGUGUUCUCCAUAG